GGGCUGGUGGUACAAGACCACAAUGGCCUUCAAGCUGAUCUGUGUGGUGGCUGUGCUAGCUUUGGUGACAAAAGAGUGUGACUCGCAGCUCUCUGUGUGUGGUCGACCAUCACUAAACACCAGGAUUGUCGGAGGAGAGGCAGCCCCUCCAGGCAGCUGGCCCUGGCAGGUCAGUCUGCACAUCUCUAAACAUUUCUGUGGAGGAUCUCUAAUCAACGACCAGUGGGUUCUGACUGCUGCUCACUGUGUUGAAAGCUUCUGGAAUUCAUCAGACAAAGUGUCAGCAUAUCUUGGUCGCCAGAGUCAGGAAGAAUCUAACCCAAAUGAAGUCAAUCGGACAGCGUCACAUAUCACUAUUCACCCUGACUACAAUUCUUCAACUCUAGACAAUGACAUUGCUCUUAUAAGGCUUUCUAAACCAGUGAAUUUCACCAGCUACAUCUCACCAGUCUGUCUAGCUGCCUCAGACAGCACCUUCUACAGCGGGGUUGAGUCCUGGGUAACCGGCUGGGGAAACAUUGGAUAUAUUGUAGAUCCCCUUCCAUCCCCUGGAAACCUUUUGGAAGUGGAGGCUCAGAUUGUGGGAAAUGGUCAAUGCAGGUGUGACUAUAGUGACCUAGGUUAUAUAAGUAUUACAGACAACAUGAUAUGUGCUGGGUUUCAAGAAGGAGGGAAGGGACCCUGUUUUGGAGAUUCUGGAGGUCCACUGGUUAGUAAGCAGGGUGAUCGCUGGAUUCAGGCUGGAGUUGUGAGUUUCGGUGUUGGUUGUGCUAAGCCAUUUUUCCCAGCAGUCUAUGCAAGAGUGUCCCAGUACAAUGAGUGGAUAAACAGCCACAUCACCAGAAACCAGCCGGGCUUUAUCACCUUUACAUCCAACGGGAGUGAAAGUGAUUUCAAUAUUUCCUGUACAAAACCAACCUUUGACCCAGUGAUAGUAAACAUAUCUGAAGGUACGAAAAAACACAAUCUCAUAAGCCCCCUUUCCACUGGCUUGACUUGGCCUUAAUCAACUCAACUCCAGCAAUUA